GAUAAGUUCCAACAAUUCAAAAUGGCCGAUGAGAGAGGCAAACAGAAUGCAAGCGACGAAAAGUUAAAAGCAAUUUUGAAACGUUUUAAUGAAAUAUGGCCUAAAUACGUGCCAUACUCUGGAGUGUUUGGUUACUUUACUCUGUCAACGAACGCAUUGCAUUUACCAGUUGUACAAAAGUUGCUGGAAAAAGACUCCAGCCGUGUGUUUACAAAUGGCUGCUUUGCACUUUCCCAUUUCGGUACCGCUGUUUACAUAUACCACCGACCGAGUUUGAGCCUGUACCCAACCGAAGAAAGACUCCUGUAUUGUUUGUUCGGUAGUACAGUGUUUAAUCUUGGCUCUGUUUUGUCCUGGUCGGUUUUGCAAGCCGGGCUACCGAAGGACGAGCUUGGAAAAGGAUUGGUCGGGUUUGUGUGCAGUUUGACAUAUCUGUAUGUCGGAUAUAGAUAUUUGCGAAGCGUGGAUAGGUACAUGGUGCAGGCAUUCAAAGCUGGGCAGCAAAAAUUAGCUUCAGAGAGAUGUAAAGAAGUUAAAGAGAGGCUGGAGACAUCGCAUCAUGAAUUUGAAGAUCAAGAGAUCGAGGUGGAUUUGGAGGAUGAUAUGUGGGGUUCUGGUGAUGAACGAAUGACCGUUAUUAAUGUUGGUGUUAAUAGGAAGAAUCUGGAUAAGCGUUAAAAUGAAACAGAACUAAGAAUUGGUUAUACUGUCACAGAAAAAAAUUGCUUGGCUAGGCAUGGCAUGGCAUGGCAUGUUUGGCUUUCAUCUGAUAUGGUAACCAAUUAAUUCUGUUUAGAAUUAAUUCAAGUCUUUAUGCUCUCAUCAUUUGAUUUUUGUAUGUAUUUUCUAAAAGAUGUUUAAAAAAUGUUAGCAUGUUACGAGAUUUUAAAAAGAAAUUCACUUGCUCAAUUAUUUAAGAUAUUUUAUGAACUUUAAGAUUUAAGUUUUUGUAAAGUUUAUGGCAUGGAAUAAGAUGGUAACAGGAACAAGAUUAUCAACAAGAGUUACCUUCAUUAGUUUAGGUUGUUCCGUAUGUUAAUAGUAUAAAUGGUAUUAUGGAAUUUUUUAAGGGGAAUAUUGUAUUUUUGGGUAAUUUAUCAUACCACUUAACCUAAGCUCUUUCUCUGCCUUUUUAAUAUAAUGGCAUUUUAACAAUUGAGAAAGUGUGUCUGUGUGACAUUUUUCCAGUGAACUGUAAUAAAUAUGACGUUUGUAUAGCCAUAUGGUUAUAAUGGUUAUGAGAUUACAUAUACCAUGAUAAUAAACGUUAUACGACUAAUCGCAUGGUUGGAGUGGCCUUGAAUCACCUUU